GGAAAUGGGGCAGCCCAGCCCAGCUGCUCCCCGCCACCCCCUUCAAUCCCACCACUCCCAACACCUCAGCUGCUGCCCCAUCUGGAGCCGAGGCGAAAGGCUGCGGGCUCUCAGCCGGGCUUUGUGCUCCCAUUCCCCCCUCCAUGCCCCCAGCCGGCAGCUGGGGCUCGGCCGCGCUGCGCUGACCCCAUUAUCCUGCCGGCAGCGGGAUGGCUGCGCCGGUGCCUCCCAGCCCGGCGGUAGGAGGAAGGCGUGGGGUUGGGUCGGAUCCUUCUCCCCGAAGCACUGCUGAAUAAUUCAGGCAUCUUGGGUCACCUUGCACGGCAGCUGCCUAAGAUGGAGGUUGUGCGGGAUGCGUGCGGGAUUGCCGCGGUGGCUGCCUGCAGGUAGGAAGGAGGAGGGUAUGCUGUGCCUUAUGCCCUCCUUUGUUCAUUUUUUUUAGGCUGGGAAACCUUAAAUCCCCCUCACCUUGGCUGCAUGGGGAUGUCCAUGUCUCUCUCUGUGUUUAUAGCCCGGCGCGCUCUGGCUGUCUCCCCGUGUCGUGCUGCUCCGUGGCAUUGUGGGUGAGCGUGGCAGGCUAUGGGAUGGAUGAAGCUGAGCAGGACCAGUAUGAAGCCCGCCUCAAGGAGCUCUUUGACAGCUUUGACAGCACGGGCACGGGGUCGCUGGGGCAGGAGGAGCUCACCGACCUGUGCCAUGUGCUGCACCUGGAGGAGGUGGCCCCAGCGCUGCAGCAGACCCUGCUCCAGGGCAACCUCCUAGGCAGGGUCCACUUUGAUCAGUUCAAAGAAGCACUUAUCCUCAUCUUGUCCAGAACACUGUCAAAUGAAGAGCACUUCCAAGAACCAGAUUGCUCCCCAGAAGCACAGCCCAAGUACAUCAAAGGUGGGAAGCGCUACGGCCGCCGAUCGCUGCCGGAGUUCCAGCAAUCUGUGGAGGACUUCGCCGAGGUGACCGUCCUCGAGCCGCUGGGUGAGGAAGCGCGGCCUACACACAUCGCGACCAGCGGCCGUGAGGAGCGCUGGAAGACGGAGGACAGCGAGGAGUACGAGGCAGAAGGGCAGCUGCGCUUCUGGAACCCGGACGACCUGAAUGCCUCCCAGGGCACAUCGCUGCCCACAGUGGAGUGGGUGGAGGAGAAGCUGCAGGAGGUCUGCGAGCACCUCGGCAUCACCAGGGAUGGCCACUUGAACCGCAAAAAGCUCGUCUCCAUCUGCGAGCAGUACGGGCUCCAAAACGUCGAUGGGGAGGUGCUUGAAGAGGUGCUCCAUAACCUAGAGCAGGAUGGCACUAUGAGCGUAGAGGAUUUCUUCUAUGGCUUGUUUAGGAAUGGAAAGCCCCUGACACCCUCAGCAUCUACCCCGUACCGACAGCUGAAGAGACACCUCUCCAUGCAGUCCUUCGACGAGAGCGGCCGGCGCACCGCAGGCCCCACCGCCAUGCCCAGUGCCAUCGGGUUCUGCCUCUUCUCUGGCCUGGAUGACGGCAUGGGCUAUGGCUGCGUGGAGGGCAUCCUCGACUGCUGGCACCAGGAGGGCGUGGAGAACAGCCAGGAUGUCCUGAAGGCUUUGGAUUUCGGCUUGGAUGGGAAGGUGAACCUGACUGAGCUGACGCUGGCACUAGAAAAUGAGCUUCUAAUAACCAAGAACAGCAUCCACCAGGCAGCCCUGGCCAGCUUCAAGACGGAGAUCAGACACUUGCUGGAGCGGGUUGACCAAGUGGCCAGAGAGAAAGAGAAGCUGCGCUCGGAUUUGGAAAAAGCAGAAAAACUGAAAUCUCUGAUGGCUUCUGAAGUCGAUGACCACCACGCCGCAAUAGAGCGCCGGAAUGAGUACAACCUCAGGAAGCUGGAUGAGGAGUACAAGGAACGAAUCGGAGCUCUAAAGAAUGAACUGCGGAAAGAGCGAGAGCAAAUCCUGCAGCAGGCUAACAAACAGAGGCUGGAGCUGGAGCAGGAGAUUGAGAAGCUGAAAACUGAUGAGAACUACAUCCGUGACCGCCUCACGCUGUCCCUGAAGGAAAACAGCCGUCUGGAAAGCGAGCUCUUGGAAACUGGAGAAAAGCUGGCUGAGUAUGAAAGCCUGGCGAGCAAACUGCAGAGGAACUUGGAAAAUGUCCUGGCUGAGAAGUUCGGGGACCUGGAUCCCAGCAGCGCAGAGUUCUUCCUGCAGGAGGAGAGGCUGGCCCAAAUGAAGAGCGAGUACGAGCUGCAGUGCAGGGAGCUGCAGGAUCAGAUAGAUGAGCUGCACUCGGAGCUGGAGGAGUACCGCACUCAGGGCAAGGUGUUUAGGCCAUCUCUGAAAAACUCACUAUCUGAAGAGUUUGACAUUGAUAUCAAAAGCUAUGGCAACAGCGGCGUUGAACCUGACCAGGGACUUGGAUCAGAAGACUGCAAUCCAUUAAAUAUGAGCAUAGAGGCUGAAAUGGCCAUUGAGCAAAUGAAGGAGCAGCAUCACAGGGAUUUGCACCACCUCAAGCAGGAGCUGGAAGACACUGUGAGUCACUACGAAAAGCAGCUGGACGAGACAAAAACCCGCUGCGAGAAGGAGCAGGAGGACGUGAGGAAGAAGCACGCCGAGGAGAUGCGUGUGAUGGAGGAGCAGAUAAGUGGCCUCACAAGCCGGGUCUCGGAGCUGCAAGGAGAGGCGGCAGCGCUCAGGGAGCAGCAAGAAAAGCUCGGCUGCGAACAUAACGCCGAGAAAAACAAGCUGCAGGUCAGCUUCAGCGAGGAGAAAGCCAAUCUGAGGGAGCUCCUGAGGCAGGAGCACGAGGACGACGUCAGAGCCAGGCUGGAGCAGGCAAAGGAGAAGUUCAGUCAGGAACGGGAGGAGCUGAUCCAAAAUGGCGUCUGGGCGGAGGAGAAGAUGAGGGCGCUGGUGCAGGCGCUGCAGGAGGAGAAGGGAGAGUUGGAGCGCGGCUUCCACCAGCGGCUGGAGAGCAUGGCAGAAGCACACGCCCUGGAGAAGGAGGAGCUGCUGAGGAAGCACAGGCAGGAGCUGGAGGAGGAGAGGAAAAAAAUGGAAAGUGACUAUAAGAGAAGAGCAUCUCAUGCUGAAACCCAGUUCUCUGCUGACACCCAAACUCUUGUGAAUAAGUACGAAGAAACAAUCCAAACUCUGGAAGGCCGCUACCAGCGAGAGCUGCGUGAGCUUGUGGAGCAGCAAAGAGAGGAGAAGUCUCAGUGGGAAUUCGAAAAGGAUGAAAUUGCCCAGGAGGUUGCUGAAGCCCACGAGCAGCUGAAGGAAAGCCUGGCAAAUGAGAAGGCUGCUUCUGUUGCCCUGAGCCGAGAGAAAGAGCUCCUGGAGAAGAACUUUAAGGAGGAGGUGAACACGCUGCUGUGCGAGAAGGAGCAGCUCCAGAAAGAGCUGCGGGAGCUGAGGGAUGCUGCUGAGGAGCAAGAGAAAAAGCUGAGUGAUGAGAUAGUACAGCUUCAAAAUGACCACGAGAAAGAGCUGAAGGACAAAGAGGAGCGAAUCUCCGCGAUGGAAGAAAGUGGGAAGCUGCUCGGCCAAAAGCUGGAGAGACUCAACAGUGAAUAUAAGCGGGAGAAAGAAGAACUGAAUUCCAAACUUCUUGCCUUGGAAAGUUUAAACAAAGACAUUUGUGUAAAAGCAGAAGCAGAAAAGGCAGAGAUGAAUUUGGAAAUCUCCAACCUCCAAGAAGAAGUGCAGAAGUUGCAGUGGGAGAACCUUAGUUUUUCCGCGCUGCAAAAUCAUUAUAGGGUCCUGGAAAACGAAUAUGCCAAAGCAAAGAGCAAAAUUGCUUCUUUCUCUGGUACGGAGCCUCUGGGAGAUGACGCAGAUGUUCUCAUAAACCUGCAGAAAGUGCACGAGCAAGCGGUGAAGGAGAACGUCAGGAUGGCUUCUGAGAUCGUCAGGCUGCAGCAAAGGCUGCAAGCUGCUGAGCACAGAUCCGCGGCGCCUGCCCGGCCUGCUUGCUCCCACCCCGCGGUGCAAACAUCACAGCUGCUAGAUGAUGUGGAUCCCCUUUACAGAGAGCUGCCCUGUGAUUGCAGAGAUGCAGACAGGGGAGCAGAUCUGGAUGGCUUUCAGCUUCUGGAGGCUGACACUGCAGACUUGAAAGAAGGAACGCGUUCUGAUUUGGAGGAGCCGUGUGAUGGGAGCAGAGCAGACAGCGGCGCUCCCAAGGUGCCCAUGCCCCAGGUGCAAGGGGGUAAAAUGGCACUGGAAAGUGAUUGCAACCUUGAUUUGGACAAGGAUCAAGAGGUAGUUUCUCAGGUGCCUCUGCUGCAAAAAAAGAGAGAUCUUAAGAGAGUAUCCAGGCUAAAAAUACUCCAAAAUGGUAUUAAACAGCAGAAUGUCUGCCUGCUAAGUAACAGAGCAGCUCUCAAGAAUAAAAGCUUUCAUUCUGAUGCUUCAAAGCUGCAGACUGAGCUCAAGCGUGUUGAAGAAAUGGAACGUGCUCCUGGAUCGAUGAUCGGUGACCUGAAAAGUGCAGUACCACAACUCUGGGAGAGAGUUGAAGAGUUUCAAGAAAGAUUGAUGGCACAAGCCGAGCUGCUGUCACUGCAGGAAGAAAUUCAGGCAGAAAAUGAGGACCUAAAAUCUGAAGUGAUGAGGUUGGCUGAGAAAAACAGGGUCCUGGAAGAAGCCCUGUGUGAGCUGAGAAGCUUUCACGGCGAGCUAGAAGAAAGUGACCUGGAAAGUAUUAAGCUCUGGGAGGAAAACACACAGCUCCUCAAAGCAGGUAAAGAAUUGAAAGAUGGCCAAACCCAAGGUGUUGGAGGAAAAAUAGCUGUGUCCAGGGGAAAGCUAAGGCCGCAAUGCCAGCUUGGAAAGCCGGAAGAACGGGCUGCAAUGCUUAAGGUUCUGCAAGACGAGCAUGCCCAACACGACAGCACCGUGAAAGAAACAUCAACAGAAAACAGGGGGCUGCAGGAGCCCCAUGGAAUGCUGAAGGAGGUUGCCCCUCUGGUCAACCAUGAUGACAUCCAUGUCCAGGAGGAGGAGGAGGAGAGGAACGCAGUGAUGCAUGGCUUACAGAGCACGUGCACCGAGCUGCAGCAAAAAGUUGAUCUUUUGAGAUGUGAGGCUGAGAAGCUCAGAGAAGAGAAUGCUAUUCUGAAAAACAAAGUGACGCUGCUAAACGAGGAGGGCAGUGCUUCCAGCCUGAAACUGCGGGAGCUGAACGGAUCCCGGGAGGAGAUGCGGCAAAAGAUAGAGGCAGUAAGGAAGGAGAAAGUGGCUGUGCAGAAGAUGGUUGACAAUCUGAAAAAGCAGGUAGUAGACCUGAAGGCCAGGAACCAGCAGCUGGACUCUGAAAACACAGAACUGAGCCAGAGAAACUCCAAAAACCAAGCAGAUGUGCAGGAUCUCAACCAACAGCUGGCAAGGGUGCUCAAGCAAAAAGAAAGGGAAGCAGGAAAAGGUACCCUGGAAGAAUGGGAAAAGGAGAGAUUGGCACUGAAAGAGGAACUAGAAAACAAUAAAGUAAAGUCAUCAAAUGUGGUGUCCUCCUUGGAGAUGGAGCUGUCAAAAGUGAAAGUUCAAGCUCAUAUAUUGGAGCAGGAAAACCGCCUCCUCAAGGAGGAACUGGAGAAGACGAAACAGCUGCCCAGAUGCCCUGACCUCUCUGACCUUCAGAACGAAGUCUCUAGCUUGAUGGCUAAAAACGAAAAGCUGCUGAAAGAAAAGGAAGCCCUGAGCGAGGAAUUAAGCAGGUGUAUUGAUAAGGUGGCCAAAGUAAGCUUCUUGGAGAGCACGGUUGGCAGCUUGAAGCAGGAGCAGAAGUCCUGGGAACAGCAGAGUCAGACCCUGAAAACACAGCUCUGCGUUUCACAGGAGAAGGUUCAGAGCCUGGAUGAAACGCUGCAGAACACCACCCUCCAAAUGUCCCGCCUGAAGUCAGACCUGAGGGUGGCACAGCAGGAGAAGGAAACUCUUGAACAAGAGGUGAUGUCUUUACACAAGCAGCUGCAGAACGCCAAUGAGAAGAACCGGGUCCUAGCACGGGCUGUGCCUUCCCCAGGGCGCUCACAGCAGGAUGAGCUGGAGCAGCUGAUGGCCCAGGAGCAGCAGCUGCUGCGGCAGGAGAAGGAACGUCUGCAGAGGGAGGCCCGCAGCUCUGCCACGGAGCUGGUGCACGCCAGGGAGAAGAUCCGACAGCUGGAAUCUACCAUUCUUUCCCUAAAGCACCAGAAGCAUCAAAGCCAGUCAGGUAUUGUCAAAGCCAUAGAGCAAGAGAAAUUAAGCUUGAAGAGAGAGUGCGAACAGCUACAGAAGGAGCUGUCAUCUGCCAAUAGGAAGAUCAGUCAGAUGAAUUCUCUUGGACAUGAAUUGGAAACAAGCUCGGAAAAUGAAGGGCUAAGGAAAAAGCAAGUCAAGCUGGAUGAUCAGUUAAUGGAGAUGCGACACUCGAGCGGCAGCGGGAUGCUUAGCCAGCCCCCGCACCCCCGGGAGCUCCCGCAGCAGGGCUGUGCCGUGGUGCCCAGGGAGCAGUUCCUGCAGCUCCAGCACCAGCUGCUGCAGGCGGAGCAGCGGAGCCAGCGGCUGCAGGAGGAGCUUGAAAGCAGACCUUCUGAGACGAACAUGCAGCAGGGGGGUCAUGAGCACCUUCUAAAGAUGAUGGAAGAACGUAUGAUGGACGUUGAACAGAAACUGAGGCUUGUGAAGAGGCUUCUCCAAGACAAAGUAAAUCAGCUGAAGGAACAACUUUCCAAGAACACCAAAGCAGAUGCAGUGGUCAAGGAUCUCUAUGUUGAGAACGCGCAACUGCUGAAGGCUUUGGAGAUGACAGAGCAGCGCCAGAAAACUGCUGAGAAGAAAAACUAUUUACUGGAAGAAAAAAUCGCCAACCUCAAUAAGAUCGUAAAGAACUUGGCUUCGCCGUCUAUCAGUUCAGCAACUGAGUUAAGAUCAUAGCAAAGCCAUUAAGUAUGCCACAAUCCCAUGCACUUUACUGGAAUUUUAAUAUUUCAGCUUUUCACUGCGUUGCCUUUUUGUAUCGAUGACUUUUAGUUAAGAGAUGCCUCCAAGGGGGUGGCAGAGCUAAAUCCCAAACAGACACUGCCAACAGAGAUUCUUUUGUUUAUUCCCAAACUAUUUUUCUGCUGAGUUUUGUCUAAAAGCAACCUUUGCUAUGUUAAAAAGAAAAAAAGUAUGUUUUUCUAGGUUAACUUAUUUUGAUACUUUGGUUUUAAUUUAAAACACAAAUUCUGAGUUUACUGAAUUGAUUAUUUCUAUCUAGAUUGAAGCACAAACUUAUGGUAUUGAAUUAAUAACUUUAAAACCCUUUUGGCUUUCUGGGAUACUUCUUGGUCCAAACCUAGAAAUAUUGACAGAAUCAGGCUCAUCUGAGUUGGAAGGGACCUUUAGGUCAUCCAGUCCAACUAGAACAGGGAACGAGGAGGGACACCUACAGUCUGAAUACUGCCAAUGUAAUUGCUAUUGAAAGCAAGACUUUCAUAGUGUUGUCUGUAUCCUGCAAUAUGAUUCUAGUUUCUGUAAAGCAAUAUGCUCCACGUAUGCAUUAGGAAUCUGGGUUAUUCUUCAUGGCUGUUUCUCUGCAGAAGAAAAGCAGUCAAAAAUAUGUAAAUAGACUACUGCCUCCAACUAACAACCGUAUUUUAUCAGAAGAAACGUCUCAGAUGGCAAAUAAAGACUACUACUCUUUUUUUAAUUUUUUUUAAGAAAUUGUAGAGGCCUUACAUUUUUUUUUCUGCUAGAAGAGUCACCAAACAGAAGUGAAGAAAUGAGUUAAUAUAAGUUGUAAAUUCAGUAAAGCCUUGGAGUAUGCUUAUUAAACAACUGGCAGAAGAGUGAAGAGGGGAAUUCAGUGAUUUCUUCAGUGAACCCUGUCAUUAGGCCUCACAGACCUUUGUCACUAAUGCAGUGUUCAGUUUGAUGUGACAGUUUGGAAGGACAUGUCUUUUGUGGUGGGUCUGAGUACAGAAACUAAGUUUGCAAUUAAUUGUGAGGAAACAUACUCGAUGUGAAUACGAAGAACUCAGGGAAUAAAAAAUUAGUUUCCUUCUGUAUAAUAAACGUGGAUGUUAAUGUCAGUAGAUGGAGAUAAACAUGCAUUAGGGAGAGCAGGAUGAACUGAAUUUUGUUUGGUUGAGUAUUACCUUAAUACUCCUAGAGCAACCUGCAGUAGUGUUGUAGUCAGGAAGGCUGAAGAGCACGCAGCUUUGUAAUGGCAGGUGGUAAUUAUACCUCCUAUCUGAUGAGUUCAUGGGGAACUCAGGCUUUCUGGGAGCACCUUUAGGAGUGAAAUGGGCCCAACAGAAGUCACUGAAUGAGAGCUCACAUGCUCUCAAGCUGGUUAUAAUUGAUUAUUACCAAUGGUCUAAAUGGGAUGCUAGCUCUCCCUAUGCAUGCCUGGCCUCCAUCAGACCAGUAAGGCAUACUUAAUGUAUAUAGAACUGGAAAAAGGGGCCAUACUGGCAGUACUUGAAACUGGACCUCUUUAUAUAUGCAUGCAUCAUGGAUGCAGGAGGGGAAGGUGGGAGCUUUAUCUCUGGGACCACUAGCAAGGUGACCAUUGUGACAGCAUUUGUUAAGUGGCAAGUGUCUUCCAAAUACUGGGAUGCAACUGCCUACACCCUGCUGGGUAACCUGUGGAAGAUGACUUCCACUCGGUGCUGUGGCUGUAGGGGAUGCUACCUUUGUCUAAAGAGUUACCUGCCACUCGGAGGGCUGAGAGACCGAACUGCACAUGCUGGGUUUGAACUCCUCUUCUCCUCCAUUGCCUUGUGGAAACAGACAUACAAUAGCAGCAGAAUAUUUUGGAGGAACAAAAUCUUCCUUUUAAAUUAUUUCACUACUGUGCUGUUCUAAAUGCCUGUACUGGCUAUUUGGCUACAUAAUCUCGGAGAUUUACAGAUCCUGUUUCUCGCAGGCUACAGAAACAUCUUGACAAAUCGCACUGACGUGAGUUGGAGCUUGAUUUUAAAAUCUGAAGUAGAGAGAUCCUUCUUCUUUUCAUGUUAAUCUGUAAGUGGUAGCAGUUGUAAUCAUAGAAUAGUUUGAGUUGGAAGGGACCCUUAAAGGCCAUCGGAUCCCACUCCCCACAGUGAACAGGAACACUCAGAGCCCCAUCCAGUCUGACCCUGGGUGUCUGCAGAGAUGGGGCUUCACCACCUCUCUGGGCAACCUGUGCCGGUGCUGUAUGAUACACCUCUGUGUGUGGGCACCAGGGCUGUGUGUUAGCAAUGUGGUAACUGAGCACACCUUGAGCUACGCUUACGCUAUGGAAAUUAGCAAAGUUUCAAAAUAUUUCCAGGAAAGAACACAGGUAAGGUUCAGAUGAUCAGGACUGUAUUUGGAAGUGUAUUAUUAGCUAGUACAUAUUAACACCACUUCAUAUAUUGCCCAGGGAGUGGUGGGGUCACCAUCCCUGGAGGUGUUCCUGAGCCGUGGGGAUGUGGCACUGAGGGACGUGAUCAGUGGGCAUGGUGGAGUGGGGUGGGCUGGGGUUGGGCUUGGGGAACUCGGAGGUCUUUUCCAACCUGAAUGAUUCUGUGACUCUACAAAAAAAAGGGAGCCAAGCUAUGAAGUUAGCACUGGACUACAGGGGAGAAGCAGAUAAAAGGGAUUCUAACAUUUCCUUUUCUCACCUUAUUCUGCCUCAUUCUACUUUCCUUUCUUUCAAACACCAACCUAGCCACAGGAAAGGAUUGGAGAAGGGUGGAGGAGGAAAACGGUAAAUGUUUUUUUAGACAAAAACUCGAAUCUCAUUGGAAUGCUUGUGCGAAUGAAUUCUCAGAAGUGCCUUUUGUCAUUACAUAUGCUGGAGCCUUUCUAUGCUGUACUACUUUUGUUGCUGCAGUUCAGACAAUUCAGGACAAACCCUUCCCAGGUGGGGAGAAUGGCUGCGGUGCUCACCAACAGGUGUUGUGUUGCUAGUUGUGUCAGCUCAAGAGAUAAGCAGCUCAUUCUACAAUGGCAAGGCUACUGAAAAUAAGCAUAGAAACAUGUAAUCUGUUAAGCAUUUGUGAUCUUUUGUGCAUGAUUGUGUCUCCUAUGCACUACAGGCAUUUUAAAGAUACCAAAGUAUUUAGCGGUAUGGUAAGUCACUCAGUUUCUGGGCCUCCUUGGUACAACAGGGCUCACCAAUUAAGAUAUUAGCUACUUUAUCGCCAGAAGGUGUUUUAAAUGCUUUCAACUCUCGCUUUAUGAAUCACUGUGAAAAUAAAGGCACGUGGGUUUCCAGGGUUGGAGUUUUGGGAAGAGGAGGGAUAGGCAGAGGAAUCACGCUCGAGUUAAAUGUGUGUGAGCUGAAUUCACACCGUUGAAGUACUACGUGUCAGUUUAGAAUGGAAUAAAAGGAUACUUUGCUACGCAUUCUCCAAUUACUACUUUAGGUACAAAGAAAAUGGAAUUAUUUGAAUUCUGACUGAAAAAAAAAAAAAAGAGAGAGUUGUAACAUACUUUUAGGUAAAUAAUAGGUGAGGUAGAGCUGGGGGCAGCCUGGAUCUGUCAAGUAAAACACCAAUGGCAUCACCAUCUCUCAGGUUUUCCACGACUGCCUGCCGCGUGAGAUGCCACCGUUGCUGACGUGUCUCCUGUGUAAAUGAAACCAGUUGUAUUUGUUUGUUUUUACUGAGUCUGUUGCGUCCCAGUGUGAUGUGUAGUCCUUACACCCCCAUGUAAAGCUGGAGGAGGAACCAACCUACGUGUUAUUUAUAAUGAAUGUAAAAAAUGAAAAUAAAUCACUGUAAGAUCCCUG